AUGGGCGAUACCUCGAGGACAUCCCCUCUCCUCGAAGCCCACGAAGCCAAUCAGCAACGUCCUUCAGGGGCUCACAUACACGGCGAGACUCCAUCUCCGACUCUCUCGAAAGUUAUGAACGAGAACGCGGCCGCGAGCAAACAAGGUUCAGCUCGCGACAAAGUUACUACCCAGAGGAUGACCACCAAAACAGAGCUUUGGUUUACCCCCGAGACGCCGGACUUCGCCGUUUGUUGCGGCCGAUCGAAGGAGGUCGUUGUCUUUGAAGCCCAUGACUUUGGCGAUGGUGCCUAA